CCAAUUACCCAUCUCUUGCAUCACCCUUAUAAAUAUCAACACACAAACCAUGUCACAAAUCUCUCUCAUCAAUUCCAUUUUUAUCGAUCCAGCAAGGUAGUAGAUAUUUACAAUAGUAUAUACAGGAAUGGGAAACUGUUGUGCCACAGAGUCGUCUACGACGAAUUGGGGUGGUGAUGAUUGGGGUUCUUUGUCAUCGAGGAGGAGGAGCAUGAGUUCGGGGAAGGUGUUUGAUGAAGUUCAUGAGUCCAGUUUGGAUAACGUGGAGAAGGAGAAGCUGUUGGGUGCGCUGAGAGCUUCUUCUGAUGCCAAUGGGAAGGUGAAGAUCAAGAUCUCGAAGAAGGAGCUGGCACAGUUGCUGGGGGGGAAAGAGAGUAACAAGCAUUUGGGUGAAGAAGGACACGCUUCUGCGGAACAAGUUCUGGCUCGUUUGAUUCACGCUAGAGAUCAUUCCAGUAACGAGUACCAUGAUGUUCAUCAUAGACCUUGGAGACCCGUGCUUCAGAGUAUACCUGAGGUAAAUUAGUUCAAGGAACGGGAUCAAAGGCGGUGGCGGUGUGUAGAGUAGAUGUUCAGAAAGGUUACUUUAGGUCAUUUUUUUAUUUGUUUUUUUUCCAUGUUUUCAGCUUGUGUUUUUCUUCUAUGGUUGGGAAUGUGUCAUUUGUAUAUUCGUCGUUCUGCGAGUGAAAAUUGUAGAUCGAGUUUCUUGUGAGAAAUUAUCCAAGUAACUCUAUUUUACUACAUUAUAGUUUAUGGUGUAUGUAACUAUAUAUAUGGUUUUAAUAUCAAAUUAAACUGGGGAUUAUUGAUAAUAA